GUCGGUUACCUACUCAGUAUCUUCUUGCGCGUCGGCCCAUUCACACGCGCGCCGCGUGUCAACCACCACCACUCGUUCUCGCGUACACCAAUUGCACGUGCUUCGCCGAAUCGUGUUCAAUAAUUUUAUUUUUAUUUUUGUAUAGUCGUAAUUUUUUGUGUCACUGGUUUAUGAGUUUUUUAUUUAACUUUUUUUUAUAUGAAUAAGAAAACGCAGGACAAAAGGUGAAGUUGUCGAUUGACGAAACAUAAUAUUACAUAGUAUUUAUCUACUCCAGAUAAUUUAUUACAUAUUUAACCUGUGUUUCACGAAGUUCAAAAUCGGCUUUCUGCAGUGCAAUCGCAAUCGGCAGUAAACAGUAAUUUUGUCAUCGCGAAAAAAAUCAUUGCCAAGACUGUCUUACGAGUGCGAUGAUGACCGGGCAGCGAUGACAUGGAGGCGGCAGCCAGCGUGGUACAGAUGACUGGAGGCGGCGGACGGGUGGGGAUGAACACGGACAUGUUCCUGUUGCCGUCCCACGGCCCGUUCACGUCGCCGCCCGGUGUGAUCAUCACGACGGGAUCACCAAACACCGGUGUCCACCAAUACGCCGCGGCCACGCUCACCUUGUUGCGGCGCGACGCCUGGGUGCUGCCGGUACUCAUACUGUCAGUGCUCACCAUGACACUGAUAAUGACUUUCGAGGUGUUCGUGCUGUGCAAGACGAGAAAAACGGAGCCCAGCCGGAGACAUCUGUUCCUAGGACAGGCGUUGCUGGGCGGGCUGUUCGUGUGCGCGGCAGUCAGCGGGCUCAUGUGCACACAGCCAACUGUGCUGACGUGUGCGACUGUCAGGCUGUGCACCGGGCUCGGGUACUCGAUGGUGUUUGGCACGUUGCUAGUCAAGUGCGUGUUCCUCAUCAGCCUCAACGGAGGCGUCUACUUGCCCGCACCGUAUCAGGCGCUAUUGCUGUUCUUCACCGUGGCCAUACAGCUGGCCAUUGGCGUCCAAUGGCUCAUCUACACACCUCCGCAACUUCUAUCGUCCCAGUGGACGAGCAGCCUGGACAACAGCUGUGACACCAAGUACCAGCACAUGCUCGGCUCUCUGGUGUACGCGGCCGGCCUGCUGUUGGCCGUCACCGUGUUGGCCAUAAAGUCGCGGCAUAUACGGGACAACUACCGCGAGGCGAUGUACAUCGGGCUGGCCGUCGGCUGCACGGCGCCGCUGUGCGUUGGUUGGGCCGUGGCCGGGCUGUGGGCCACGCAGCCAGGAGACCAGGACGGAUGUCUGGCGCUGGGCCUGGGCGCCACGGCCGCACUAGUGCUACUCGUCAUGUUCAUGCCCAAGGGUCGACAGCUGGCCGCCAUGGGCCGGGACGGUCUGUACGACGAGGACAAGCUCAGCACGCUCAGCAGGCCCGCGUCCCCGUCUUUCUUCCACUUCAAACCGUUCAUGACGCCAAUGAAGCACACGUCGACGAUCAACACGUUCGGAGACCGAGUGGCGCUCGUAGCCCCGCCGACGUACGCUCACCACUAUUACCCGUACUGUUAUUAUCCGCACCACGGACUCAGCGGUGGAGGUGGAGGCGGUGGUGGAGGAUUGAUAGGUGGCGGAGGUGGUCACCAUGGAGGUCACAUGCAGCAGCCCAUUUACUCGAGAUGUCCACCCGAUAUGUGCAAUUUCUCGGGAAUGGACAACAGCAUUUACACUACGAUGGAGCCGACCAUGUCCAACAACCCCAACGUGUUUUUUCACCGUUCCGGUAUCCACCCCGGAAUGAUGUACUGAUUAUUGUUUAAGUGAAUACUAUAAUAUUAUAUAUUUGACUAUAUGUUUUUUUUCUCUCUCCCGAUUUUAUUAUUGUUUAUAAAAUAUUUAAAUAUUACAUAGGUAUUUAUAUAUAUAUAUAUAUAUAUAUAUAUUUAUAGUAGUCGCGUAAACGAAUAUUAAACUAUAGACAUAUAAUAUAGCGCCCUACGUAGUCCUACACAAAAUACUGUACGUUACAGUGAUACCUACCUGUAAUAUUAUAAUAUUAUAAUAAUAUGAUAUCUAUUCGACUAAUAUUCACUACUCAGAAGAACGCAUCGAUCGGUUGGCCGGACGCGUGUCAUGAUCUCUCGCAAUAAUAAUCAAUGUGGUCGUCCGCGAUGGCCGAACAAGAUGUUUUAUACCUUCUCCUCCUACCAUAUGCCUAUAGGGUAAUACACCUAUAUUAUUUUACCCGCAAUUUUAUAUAUCGCCUUUAUCAUUGCUCUGAUCGCAGCAGCAAACGAUUAUAAUAUAACGUGAAAGAAAUCUCCGAUGAAUUCCUUAAGUAAAAACCACACACGUAACACAUAGUGUAGUAUAGUACCCACACGGAAAUGUAUACCGUUCAUACCAGCUAUGUACAUAUACAUAUUAUUAUUAUACUAUUACGGCGGCGCUAUAGCUCGUCGCUGUUCUGACGAGAUUCGAUGCCAUUUUCAAUCGCGACGAUGAUAUUCGUUCGAGAUAAAAUACAUGUUUUUUUUUUAUAUAAUAUAUAUUCUAUUUUUUAGAUUUAAUAACUAUGCUUAUAUAUUAGGUAUAUAUUAGAUAUAAUAUAUUAACAUAUAAAUAUAUAAUACUAAGCAUAUGCAAGUAUAAUGUACUCAAUUUAGUGUAUAAUAUUAUUAUACUAUAUGUAAGCUUUUAUCUAUAAACCCUAUAUAUAUAUACUUGUUACGCGACAGCAACACAUAUACAGGUACUUAAUAUUAUAUAUGCAUAUUGUUGAUAUUAUUAUUAUUAUUAUUUUGUGUGUAGAUCAUUAUAAUAUUAUAUAACAAUAUACAUAAUAUAUUAAAAAAAUACCAUCGGAUAGAUUCGGAUUAUAAUAUAGAUGUAUAGUAGAUAUUAUAUUCUCAACAUGUAUAUAAUAUGUAGAGCCAAUUUAGCUUUCUUAAUAUGUUUCGAUUUUUUUGAUUUUUUGUUGAUUAUGAAAAUAAAAAUUAUUUUUAAGACCAACUUCAGUGCCAAAAGAUGCGCUUCCAUACAAACGCGUCCUUUAAUAUUAUUAUAGUUUGAGCUAUUUUUUUUUUAACAGGCAAAAUGUAUAUAUGUUUUUUUGGAAUUAUUUAUAAUAUAGGUACCAUAAUUAUAAUUAUGUGUUAAUUCGUUCAAUAUAUAAACAAUUUAUUUUCAUAAUCAUAUACAAUGGAUUAGUAAAAAUCCUACAGUCCAAGAAAGAUAUCGAUUGUUAUUUUUUAUUUUCACAUUGAUCCAGUUAUAUUAAAUGACUAUUGUAUCUUAUAAUAUUGUGUAGUAAUAAUUUGGUAACGAUUACCAUUAAAAUUGCGUACAAAAUUUAGAGUUGCUAAAGUGUAAGAAAUUAUUGCUUAAAACGAUAUUAAGCAUUACUUAGGUUUUAGACAUACGAUUUAAUAACUUGUACAUUUAACUUUUUUACUUCUGUAUACUCUUAAGUGUAUUAUUAUAAUAUUAAGUAUUGUAUGAAUAAAUUAUUGCUCAUUUAAGAUAUAAGAACACUAAAUUCCUUAGAAAUAAGAUAUUUUUGUAUUUUUUAUGGUAAUAACUCAAUAUGCAAUAAACAAUACAUUGUCUAAAGAACCUUGACUAUACAA